CCAUAGUUUCCUGUGCUACGAGGAAACGGUGCAAAAACCGUGAAGCCGCAGGCGAGGAUAAGAAGAAGAGCGUGUUUGUGCAGUCAUCCGUCGAUGGCGGUGAUGUUUCACACGCAUGUGCGAACCCCUUCUUCCCAAGCUGCAGCAUUGCAGGCGAUUUCUUGCGCCCCGCGGUCUGCACUUCUGCACUCUGCACUGCACCGCUCUCCCAAAGCCGAAAGGCCCGGCCUACUGCAACACACAACCGCCCGCACCGAGCCACUGCACGCACGACCGUCCGUCGUCGUCAGUCACAUGAGGCUCUGAGAGGAGAGGCCUCGCACCAUCACCACCACCACGGGCCACGGCUCCGUCGCUUUUCCCCGACCUCUUCAUCGUGCUCUCUUGUCAGCCUCCACACACGCGCGCGCACACACACCAGCCCCGUCUCUCGUGCCCCCUCGCCGAGGCGCCAUUGCCUUCUUCAGGUCGCCUUUGAACAGUUCCCCGGCCGUUCUCUUACAAAGCCAGCCAGACAAUGCCGUGCCAUUAUGCAUGCACAACCCAACACUAGCUACCUAGGCCCUCCACUCAGGCAGGCUUCUUGCUUCUUUCACUCACUCACUCGUCACUCAUUCACCCACUUCCAGUGAGCCUCUCGCCGCAUUCUCCAUGGGAGGCGGCAUAAAGCAGCUGCUGGCGAGCUUGUUGGGAGCGGUGGGUGGAGGCCAGAGGGGCGCCAAGAAGGAGAGCACGCGGCCGCAGCCGCAGACAGUGGAGCUCAGGGUCCGGAUGGACUGCGAGCGCUGCGAGCGCCAGGUCAAGAAAGCACUCGCCGGCAUGCGAGGUGUGGAGCGCGUAGAGGUGAACAGGAAGCAGCAGAGGGUGACUGUCACUGGCGUCGUGGACCCCCACAAGGUCCUGCGGAGGGCCCAGUCCACAGGCAAGAAGGCUGAGCUGUGGCCCCGGAAUCAUCAUCAUCCUGGCUACGACGACAACAGCGCUGCCGUCACGGCCCAUUAUGGCGCCAUCGGAGCAGCCCAGGCCCAUGGCAGGUGGGCCCCGUCUCCCUACCGGCGGAACGUGGACGCAGCCAGCGCCGAGCAGAUCGCCAGCCUCUUCAGCGACGAAAACCCGAACGCCUGCUCCGUCAUGUAGCGCCACAGCGUUUCAUACAGAGAAGUAGUUGGUUUUUAUGUUUUUUUUAUGCUUUAGCUAGAAUAGCUGUAGGAGCAGAAGCUCACUCACUGGGUUCGCUCUUGCCAGUUUACCUUGCCAACCUCACAAAACUUGCCGUUUUCGGCAGCCUCCGUGCAUGCCAAACGUUGCUGGCGUGCCAAAAUCUUGGCUACCAACCGAGCAAGCAUGGCCUUGGUGAGAAGAUCUCCGGUUGGUCUCG